AAACCUAUACUAAGUUGGUACAAGCUUUCCAUGACCUUUUUCUAGUGAAGCCGACCGAUUUAUUAACCCUAACUUUUUGUUCAUUUAUUUGAAUAGUCUUUUCUCCUCCUCCUAUUAUCAUCAUCUUUCCCCUACCAACUCUGCCUUUGGUUUUAUAUUGUGGGUAAAGUUAUAGAAAGUCUUCCUUCUUCUAGUUCGUUCUUUUCUCUUCUACAUUUUAGUUUGUGUGGGAAGUUCUAACCACUGUAUCUUUUAUCUUCUAUUGCAACAGUGCUGUUUGAUUGUUUCUGUUUUCUUAUAUUUCGAUGGAACAAAAAGAUUCUCCAACUUUAGUUGACAAAAGCUUUCCUCUUUUCUCUAAGCCCCGUAGAGCCAAACCAAGUGAAACCCCUAAGCCCUCCCAACACCCUAUUCCCCAAACUCCCCAAUUGGAAAAAUUUUCCUCCUCAUCCGCCGCUGCUGAUGCCACCUCAAUUUCUGCUUUCUCCGACCUGGGCCUAGCCGAAUGGGCCAUCCAAACAUGCAAAGAACUCGGAAUGCGAAAACCAACGCCGGUUCAAACCCACUGCAUACCUAAAAUACUUGCUGGUCGUGACGUGUUGGGGAUAGCUCAGACGGGAAGUGGCAAAACAGCGGCGUUUGCUCUACCAAUAUUGAACCGUUUAGCGGAGGAUCCUUAUGGGGUUUUUGCGCUGGUGAUUACUCCGACGAGGGAGCUUGCUUUUCAGUUGGCAGAGCAGUUUAGAGCAUUGGGGUCUUGUUUGCAUUUGAGGUGUUCGGUGGUGGUGGGUGGAAUGGAUAUGAUUACGCAGGCGAAAGCCUUGGUUUCAAGGCCGCAUGUGGUUGUGGCCACACCUGGAAGAGUCAAAGUUUUGCUUGAAGAGAAUCCUGAUAUUCCUAAAGUCUUUCAAAGAACGAAGUUUUUAGUUUUGGACGAAGCAGAUCGAGUUUUGGAUGUUGGCUUUGAGGAGGAACUAAGAGUGAUUUUCCAAUGCUUGCCAAAAAAUCGACAAACUUUGUUAUUUUCUGCAACAAUGACCAGUAACCUGCAAACACUGUUAGAGCUUUCUGCCAACAAGGCCUACUUCUAUGAGGCUUAUGAAGGCUUCAGGACAGUUGAAACACUUAAGCAGCAGUAUGUUUUCAUCCCAAAGACUGUGAAGGAUGCUUAUCUUGUUCACAUUUUGACUAAAAUGGAAGAUAUGAAUAUCCGCUCAGCCAUGAUAUUCACCUCAAGAUGCAGAGAUUGUCAUCUUUUAAGUUUGUUAUUAGAAGAACUUGAAGUGGAAGCUGCAGCUCUGCAUUCAUUAAAAUCACAGGCACUAAGGCUUUCAGCAGUGCAGCAUUUUAAAUCUGGAAGAGUUUCUAUACUGCUGGCUACUGAUGUUGCUAGUCGUGGUUUAGACAUUCCUACUGUUGAUCUUGUCAUUAAUUAUGACCUUCCAAGGUAUCCUAGGGAUUAUGUUCAUCGUGUGGGACGAACUGCAAGGGCUGGUAGAGGAGGAUUGGCUGUGAGCUUUGUUACUGAGAAUGAUGUGGAUCUUGUUCAUGAAAUAGAAGCGGAACUAGGAAAACAGUUGGAAAAAUUUGAAUGCAAAGAGAAUGAAGUCCUGUCUGACUUCACAAAGGUAUUGAAAGCUAAACGUGUGGCCACGAUGAAAAUGAUGGACGAUGGGUUUGAGGAGAAAGUGAAAGAACGUAAAAAGCAGAAACUCAAGACGCUAGCAGAGAAAGGAUUAUUGAAGAAAAGGAGUAAGAAGAGAAAGCGUGAAAAGGCUAGUGCUAAACCUAGUGAUAAGUGAUACAAAGUUUAUUUAGCAUCUGAACCCUUACGAUCUCCACUGCAGCAAUGUAAGCUCCAUUUUUGUCCCAGGGAGCAAUUUUGCAUCUGUUUUUUUUUUUUUUUUUUAAAUAUUAAUCUCAUUAUAGGUUUUUUAUCAUAUCUGUUUUUUUUACUACAAUGUCUAAAACUAUUCAAAGUCUUUUUUCAAUUAUUAAAUAGGAGGAUAAUACGCUUCAGUAUACUCGAAUUCAUGUCCUCCUGUAAUCCUGCAAUCGGCAACUUCAUGUUGCGAAUGCGAUAAGGCUAGUGCUUCUGUUUUUAUAUUUCUUUACAAUAGUUGUUUGUCAAAUGAUGAUUCUGAGCCUGACUGGAAAUUAUUUUUAAUCAUUCUCUUAUUUAUUACAUAAAUUAUAGAAAGUAACAUAAAGAAAAUGAUUAUGAAA